GUAACUUUGCAUCUAUUUUCAGUCAUCUUGGGUCCCCUUCUUGUCAUUUUACAUCUUGUAGUGAUUUUGGGGUGUGAAGUUAUUACUCUUUCUUUUUCUUUUUCUUUUUCUCUUUUUAUUCUCUUGUCCCAACCCCUCCACCCUACCUCCCCUACUAUUGUAAAGCAGCUUUGAGGUCUCGCUAUAUAUAUUCAAUGUAUUAUUAUUAUUAGAUCCAGAGCUGGGUGCAGCAGGGCAGCAGUGUUUUGUCUAACAGCUCUGAAGCAGGAUGGCGGCUCUUUGAGGCAGAAGACACUCUGAACACACACCUGAGUCUGCGUACACAGGCUGAGUCUGCAGGUCAGGAUGCAGAGACCAUGCAGCAGAUCCUGGAUCAGAUCAGAGCUCUGCAGAGCAGCAGCCCCGCCCCUCCGCUGUCCCCUCUGAGGGCCCUGACGGAGCAGCUGAAGAGAGGCCGCACCAGAACCAGAGACCCGCUGAGCCCUGAACUCGCCGCUCGGGUUGAUCUGGUCUUAAAGGAGCUGCAGAGUCUGAACAAGAAGAUCGACUCAAACCUGCAGCUGCUGCAACCCUACGUCGCUUUGCUGCGGACCGCCUGGCAGGUGGAGGAGGAGCUGGAAGAACUGAAGGAGGUCUACAGAAGCAGAGCAGAAGAAGAGGAAGCUGCUAGUUCCAGGUUACCAGUGAAGAAGAAGAAGCAGGUCGACGCCGGCUGGCAGGAAACGCUCCAGAGGGUCCUCACCUGUCAGGAACUGGGAACCAAUUACCUCCAUACCGUUACCACGGUGUCGGGAGCAGCGUUGAACCUGCAGGCGGUGGUGUUGGUGGUGCAGCAGACGGUGGAGCGACUUGGCAGAACCAAACAGGAAGUGAGCGAGCUGCGGAGUCAGCAGCGAAUCCAAAUCCAGCAGCAGAAGGAGUACUGUAGGAAGUACCGGGAGACACUGCACAAGACCCUGCAGGACCUGAACUGUGUAUCUGAGAUGCUGGACUCCUGCACUCUGAUGGAUUUGGGUUCAGACCUGCAGACCUCUAAGCUGCUGGAGCGCUUCAGCCAGGCCAGACCACAUUUUACCCAACUAGACGCUGAGGUGGAGUUCAUGGUGAAGAGCUGGGAGACUCUGAGAGGAGUCCAGGACGCGCUGGAGGACGAGUUGAAGGGAGGAGCGGUGGAGGAGGAGGAUCUGUCAGAGCUGCUGAAGCUUCAGGAGAAAGUGAAGAAGAAGAUCCAUCAGAGUGAGUCCAUCCUGGACUGGACCGGCAGCUUCCACCUCACAUCCACACGGCUGGAGGCGCUGCUCCAGUCUUUAACUGGUUCCUGUGGAUCCAGUGAGGACCGGCAGCAGGUCCAGAGUCUGUUUAAAACGGCUUUGACACUAAAGAGCGACAUCUGCGCCGCCGUCGACCUCCCUAGUCGGACAUGUUUCAGCGUGCAGCAGCUGGAGGCUCGUCUCGUCUCUCUGGACGCUCUUUGUGUGUCGUGGCUGAACGAAGCAGCUCGUCGUGAAGAGAAGCUCCGCAGAGAACGUCUGAGCCGUCUGCUGAGCGACGACAUCAGCCAGCUCCGCGACUCCUUUAAGGAGCUGAAGAAGCGUUUCAGCAACCUGAGGUUCAACUACCUGAAGAGAAACGACAAGACGAGGAACAUGAAGGCCGCCAGGAACCAGCUGCAGCAGGUGGAGCUGUACGAGGAGAAGCUGCAGGCGCUCAGGAAGCGUCUGCAGGCUGCGACGGCCCGGCUGGCGUUAGAGGUCAAGGACGGGGGCGUGGCCAGGGAGGCGGAGGACGCCGUCAACGAGCUGCAGAGACAGAUGGGAGAGUUUGAGCGAAGUGUCGGCGAACACCAAAAAACUCUGGAGAUGACCUGCAGACUGCAGCAAGCCAUGGAGGAGUAUCAGUUCUGGUGCGAGGAUGCGAGUGCGACCAUCUCUCGCGUCGGGAAGUUUUCCUCCGAGUGUCGCAGCACAGAAGCCGUCUCUGUUCUCCAUCGGCAGUUUGAGAAGUUCGUCUGGCCGACGGUCCCUCAACAGGAGGAGAGGAUCAGUCAGAUCACGGAGCUGGCCGUCAGGCUGCACGGGGUGGAGGAGGGGCGGCGCUACAUCGAGAAGACUGUCAGCAAACACUCGGAGAUGGUGGAGUCCAUCAGAGAGCUGAAUGACGGGCUGAUGCAGCUGGAGGCCAAACUGAAGCUGGAGAGUCUCAGAAAGCAGCCGGACGACGGAGAGAAAGAAAUAAAGGAAGAGAAAGAGAAGAAGUUGAAGGAAAACAGAAAGACGAAGAAGAAGAAGGAGCAGAUAGAUAACCGCAGCACACAGGAGGCGUCUGACCUGUACGAGCUGAAGGAGACAGGCCACACCCCCGAACUGACCGCCGAGCAUUAUGGGAAGGAGGUUCCCGUGAAGAGGCAGACCGCAGCCAAUAGGAAGCCUCCGUUACAGAAGAGCUGCAGUCAGGAGGCAGACAGACAGACGGAGAGCAGGUUAACCUCCUCCUACUGCUCCUCCCACACCUUCAGCCUGUCCUGCUCCCCGGUGGAGGCCAACCGACGGGUCCACGCCAUACACAGCCUAUCACAGCGUACCGCUACUGAGGCCACACCCUCUCCCUCUGUGAUUGGCCCGUCGUUCUCUGACAUCCAGAGGGAGUUUCAGAAGGAUGCAUCAGUAGGAGGCCUGUCGGAGGCUGAGCUACAGCAACAUGAUGCGAUGACGGAGGAUUCUCUCUCCAAUGACGAGUAUGAUUGUGCGUCACCUGACGACAUUUCCCUGCCGCCGCUGGCAGAGACACCAGAGUCCAACAUGGUCCAAUCAGACGUUGAGGAGGGAUAUUGUUUCAGUUCCCACAGCAUCCACAUCAACCAGUACAGCCGCCAGUCAGAGCACAGUGGUACUGGCACUGGUACUGGUGCCGUCCGACAACAGAGAGAGUCCAGCCAGACAGAGAGUUGUCCAACUCCUCCAACCAGCCGUCAAAGCAACACCAGGUAUAGAUCAGAGUCCAGUUCGUUUGUCCAGAGUCCGUUGACAGUUCCUGCUCCAACCCUGAUCACCAGCACUCUCUGCAGCAUCCUGAAGACUAAAAAGACCAGCACAGCCAAUGUCCCCCAGAGUGCUGACCUGUCCCAGGGCGGCCCUGAAUCGAACUUCCCCACUGGAUAUAACACACUCCACAAGAGCAUCACUCCAGAUAGUUGUUCAAACAAGGAGAGCAAUGUCCCUGAGAAGAGGAUCCCAUUACAAUCUGAACUCUUACUAAAGGAGCACAAUAGUCAGUACAACCAGCCUCAAAGGAGUACAGGUACCCCGGGUAAGAUCACCCAAAACAUUGCAUCCAAAGGUGAGACCAUGCCACAGACUGAUCCAAUUCCCCAGGAUACAGAGCUCAAUCACACCACAACCUCCACCCUCCACCAGUCCAGCUAUUGUCCUCAGCCCUUUAAUGGUCAAGACCCUGAUCUCCUCAAGGAUACAACCCCUCCUCAAAACAUUAGGUUCCUCAAAUGCAGCACUACUUUUCCUCAAACCAGAACUUCAAUUUGUCAAAACAAAAGUUUUCCACUGUCCUUCCUUAACUCUGAUCAGGCCAUAAAUUCCUCCCAAAUUACGAAGGAAACAUCCCCAGUCUCCAAACCUCAAAACAACAGCCUCCCCAGUACGCUUACCCAGCAGACCAUUUACUUUCAGUCCUCCCCUCAUCACACCUUGCCACAGGCAAGCAGCAGCCUCAGUUCACCUGCAGGAAGCCCCUUAUCCCAGAGUGAGACCUUGCCACAGAUCGAACCAGUCCCCAAGGCCAGAGCGUUUGCUCAGAGCUGCAGCCCCCCUGUUCUCCAUAAAGACAGGACUCAAGACACUGGGAUCCUUAAAUCCUGUGCAUCUUGGCUCCAAAACACCACAACCCUCAUUGAAGAUGGCAAUCUUUCACAGUCUUACCUAGAAUCCAGGAGUGGCCUUGAUCAGGAUGUACCUUCCUCCCAAACCAGCAAAGAAACAUCCUCAGUCACCCUGCCCCAAAGCAGCACCGCCACUACCGUCAAACAAACCGUGUACUCCCAGAGCUCACCCCCUCCAAACAGUCAGUGCACACUGGCACAGGCUAGCAGCAAUCUCAGGUCCCAGCAAGAAAGCCUGCUCUCCCAGGGUAGUGCAGGUCUACCUGAGGUCCAUUCCUACAUUCUCCCAGAGCCAACAAGCAUCAGCAACAUCAGUAUAUCCAGCAGUACCAUCACCAGCAGUAAUAGAUUCAGCAGCAAGCAGAACCACCAGACAGUCUACUCCCUCCACGAGUCCUUGACUUCCACUUGUACUCAGCAGUGUGUGCAUGACCCUGGCAUGACUCCUGGCAGCACUGCCAAGCCCGCUGCUCCUCCUCAAUGUGAACCACAGUCCCAAGCUUUGGCUCAGCAGGCUAAUCCGCAUGUCACCCUCCUUUCCUCUUCACCUCAUCUACUAACUCCAGACCAAGACCCAAACAUUUGUCAGCCAAUGACCAUUCGUGAGGAGAUCAGGCUUACUCCUCAGAUCCAAGGCCCUUCCCUUCCUGCUCCUCUUCCCCAGGCCCAGGCAGAGUCUCUUCCCCAGGGAAAAGCCUCUAAACCUGGUCCUCCUUGCUUCACCAGGCCCCUGUCUAGAGCUACCGUCAUGGAGGGCUCUCCAGUGACACUAGAGGUGGAGGUGACGGGACAACCAGAGCCCACACUCACCUGGUGUAAAGAUGGAGACGUGUCAGCCACCGACCCGGGCCGAGCGCUGCUUUCCUGCGAGGACGUGAAACAUUUCCCAGAGGCGUCGGACUCAGAUGGUGUGUUGUAUGAGGCUCAGGCUGCCGGACAUCAUGACUGCAGUGGUGAUACGUGGCUGGUGGCCGAAGUGUUUGAUAUCAUCAGUGUGGACUGGCAGACCUGGUUUGGUACACUGUGCGUCCUGAUGUGGCUGCUCUACCUGAUUCUACUUUAAAAAUUAUUUUCCACUGCGGGAACUUAAGGAAUUUUCCUGCAAGGUCUAGGGUUCUGCUUUGUGUUUCCACUGUGUGAUAGAAACCAGAACAAUUUGGUUUAGUGGUGAUGUACCGGUAUUGAACUUGGAUGUAUUAAAAGAACUGGACGCAGUGUUGGAGGCGGAGCCCCGUUCAUUCCUAUGAAAGUUGAUCAGCGGCGCAUGAAGCCAAAAUGGCUCAACGAGUCCGGCGUUCUUCCAUAUCCAUGGGGCCCAUAGAGAAUGCGUCUUCCUUAAAGCCCGCCUCCCAGCCGCUCUGUCACGGCCAGUCUCGGCUCAGUCACAUAAAUGGAGGCGAGAAAAUAACUCUGGAUUCAGCUAUUAGCACAUUUUACAACUUUUAGGACCUAAUGAUAUAAAUAAGAGCUAUUCUAGGGUUUGUACUGGAAAGUGGAAAAAUGAUCAGCUAAUUAACAGACGUCUCUUUCCUGAUGUAAGUCAAUGGGAAACAAUUGUUGGGCCCCAUCACGUGACCACUACGACAAUUUGACAUAAUUAAAGCAGUAAUGUACUCCAACAGAAGAGUUACAAGUUGUUUAUUUCCUGCAGUGGAAAAGGCCUGUAACACACACUGAUCUACUUUCCUUCAGUGAAAUUUAAACGAUGAAUUAAAAUAUAUUGAAUGUGUUUGUACUGUGUAUUAUUUAUUGUAACUGACUCAACAGGUGACAGUUAUCCCUUACAUCGUCUUAUUGUCUUGAUUUAGAUCAAUCUUUCAUUAAAAUGCCUCAGAUUCAGUCUAGUAAUUAGAGGAUUUUCUUGAUGCCAUUUGUAAAUGUUUAACAGGAUUAUUAAUGUGAAUUUUAAUAAGAUUCAUCCAAAGUUAUUUUUUGGCGAUUUGAUAAAAAAAUUAAUUGAGAAAAAAGGAGUUUGGGGGAUUAAUUCAAUCUAAAUGGUCCCAGUCUCCCUCAAUUAUAUUAUAUUAAUGAAGUAAAUUGUCCAAAAAUAAAUGUUUAAAUGUCUAAUUUAUGUGUUCUCCACCAAUUCCCUAAUUUAUUUUAAAGGAAGUAUAUUUGAAAUUUAAAGGAACUUUUAAGCGAACCUGAAGUGUUUUAAUUGAUUUAUUUAGUUGUUUGGGUUCUCACUCUGAAGAUGUUAUUAUUAAAAAUAAAAA